AUGCAAUUUCACCAGUUCAUGAGUGCAGCUCGUGGGUUGCGUUCUCCGGGCCAAUUUAGAACUAUUUCUAGCGAGCAGUCUACAACGCAUCGAAGACCGCCUCCGAGAGAGCUUUUACAGCGUCAGGCAUUAAGGGACGUGAAAGUCGCAAAGCCAAACUCUUCUCAGCAUAUCAUCGCGUCCUUGAAGGACAUCGGAUCGUUGUUCAAUCCCAGUGCAAGCAAUUCGGACGAUGAAGAGAUCGAAUUGGCAGAGAAAAGAGAAAGUAUACAGCGCAGAAUUGAUUCCGGAGAACUCGAACAACUGUUGAGAACCAAGCUUGGCAUGAAUAAAAUUGACCGAGCUACGCUGGAUAUGCAAGUUGUCGAAAUACCAACAAAAUCAAUAACUAAAGCUUUCCCAGCUUUGACCGCUAAGGAUAGAGAAUUAUUGGAUACCUCGCUUUCGUUGAUUCCAGCCAAGAAAAGCUGGAAAGAUAUACCAUUUUUCCAGAAACAGCUCCUUUUCUACGUUGGUUACGGCUCCUAUGGUGCUCGUCAUGGGCUUACAUUCAUCGGGGCGCAGCCGGAGGAUUUUCUCUGGACAAAGCGUUCUAAAAGUCUGAAACAUGGAGAUGUGGUUCGAAGGCUUUCAAAUGACGAGAAACGCAACUUGAGAACAUGUUCCUCAGCCCGGAAUGAGCAAUACCAAAAGGCAAUAAGAACACUCGAUCCCGUUUCUAGAGCUGUAGUCUGGUUAGGACUGAUUGCAAGUUUCUCGGCUCUAAUCUGCGACUUUAAGAGGGAUGAUGACGAAGACGCUACUAUAACUGCGGCGCGGUUUUGCUGA